AUGAUCAUUCUACCCUCAACGCAAGCCUCUUCAUCCACAAAAAUCCCUCCUUCAGAAUCUCCUCAUCCAUCCACAUCUCUACUUCCAUCACUACCGCCUUCCGAUAAACCUCCGAGACAUCCACAACUAAUGCCUUCAUUAUCUUCAUCUUCAUUUGAGAGACUAAAACCAAGGACUCUAGACGAAAGGACCGAGAUUGUGGCGCUCAAUAUGAUUAUUUUGGAACCAAGGGAGCCGGAUGGAUACUUGCUGGCAGGGAAGUUGUACGAAAAGCAGCAUCGGUAUACAGCUGCACGAGCCAUCUACGCACAUUCAAGAUACCGUGUCCCGUACACACAUAAGCGCUAUGAUGAGCUUCAUCUUGGUCUCAAAAGAAUCGACAUGAAACGAGCCUCUUUUGUUCAUUUGCUUCCAUAUGAUGUAAUAGGCAUCAUCUUCAGCCAUCUUACAAGUGAUGAGCUUCUUCAAUGCGCCAACGUUUCUCUAUCAUGGAAUUUCUUUAUCUUGCAAUGGCUGGAGUUUUGGGGUCGAUUGAUCGAUGAGGGCUACAACAUGAACCCUACCAUGGCUUUUUCAUUUUUGGAUGUUGCAAAAAACGAGGAGGAGCGGCGACGACUUUGUAUCCAAUCCAAGGAAAACAAGACGACCAACAAACCCAUGAGAAUGAGCAACGCUCUUUUGAGCUCAAUGUUAAUGUUUGUUACUGUUCCUGGUGCAUCAUGCAACAUUAGAGAAAUACACUUUGAGAGGGUCAUCUUGCAAGCUAAACAUAUGGAGUUGCUUGUCGAAGGAGUACAAUCACCCAACACAAAAAUCGAACGCCUCUCCUUUUACCAUGUUGAUAUUGGAAAUGAAACCUAUGCACUUGUGGCUCUUCUAGUAGGACGACGUUCUCAGCUGAAACAUUUUUCAUUAAAGGAAAACUGGAGGGUCGACUAUCGUGGACGGAUGCAUUAUGGAAAGCCAUUCAGGGUCCCUAAUAUCGGAGGAUACCGCACGAUUUCUUGGUGCCCCCCUUACUAUGCCUACAUGCUUAUCACUCUUGAUCUUUCGAUGGGGUACAACACUAUCAUUGAAGGAACAUUGCUUCCCGACCUUAUAAAGCGGUGCCCUUAUCUAAAAAGACUCAGGAUCUCCUUUAACGACAUCAUUCCUCAUGGUGAGAUUAUGCGUGCCGCUGUCGAUCACUGUCACUCCCUAAAAGAUUUGCUUGUCAUGGAUGUUGGAGGCAUGGUGUUGUUUGAGAAGAAUAGACGGGAAGGCAUUUUUGAUGACUCCAAAAAGGAAGGCCUUCAACGCUUUGUGCUAUACGACAGUGAUGAAGGAAGUAAACGUUUGAGGAACCUUGACGACGCUUUGCACGUGAUAAAGAAGCAUCAUACCACAUUGUCGGUGUUCCAGCUGGGCCUAAGCAGCGUGCUAAUCAACAAUCGAUUUCUUAUGAGCCUCACUCACUAUGGAUUUCCACAGCUACGUGAGUUAUAUUUGCAAAACCAUUUACCAUAUGCGACGCUGCCGAUAGUCCUCGACGGCCCAACCUUCAGCCAAUUUAUCAUUGCUCUUGCUCAGUGUUGCCCCAAAUUACAAAUACUGCAUGUCUUUGAACGACGACUGCACACCUUAGAAACCUUUUAUCCAUUCACGGAUGAUGACGUCUUAUACUUGAUCAAGCAUUGUUGCUUUCUUCAGCGAAUGAAAAUUGAUACGAUAGGUCGUCAUCUUUACAUGGAAAGUGAUCUCACUAGAACAGACUGA